CUACCACAAGAGGUCAUUCUCACCUCGCAGGGCAAUCUUGCGAUCACGUAUCAAGAGCUCGGACGGCAUGAACCAUCCCUACAGAUGAAGCGAGACGUCCACUCCGGAUUUUUGAAGCUCAACGGCGAGGAACAUGAAACGACUCUCAUAGCAGCCAACAACUACGCGAAUUCCCUUGGUCGUCUAGGGCGCUUCGAAGAAGCCAAGGAUUUGCUGCGCAAAACGACGCCCGCAGCGCGACGCGCCCUCGGCGAGAGUAAUUUAACCACGCUCAGGAUGAGGCGGAAGUACGCGGAGACGCUCUACAAGGACCCCGGCGCCACACUAGACGAUCUCCGCGAGGCCGUGACGACGUUCGAGGACACGGAACGGAUCGCGCGGCGCGUGCUCGGCGGCGCGCACCCGAUCACAAAGGGGAUUGAGGGCGAAUUGCGAGACGCGCGAGCCGCGCUCGACGCCCGCGAGACGCCGUCGGGGAGCAAGUAAGGCAC